GUCAGAGACAGAAAUAUGACCAAGUUCUUGGGUUUGCUUGUUCUGCUGCUGGUUGCCGCACUGGUGGCUGCCGAUCAGGACUAUGAAGGUUACCGCAUCUACGAAGUGACGCCAGAAAAUGCUCUGCAGGCACAACUCCUGCAUCAGCUCAGCCUGCAGGGUUUCGAUUUCCUCAGCGAGAGCCGCCUGCUGGGUCGUCCAUCCAGAUUGAUCGUCAGUCCCGCGCAGCUAGCACAGUUCGAGGAGCUGCUCCAGGGCCAGCAGCUGGCACACAGCCUCCUCAAUGACAAUCUGGGCGCCUCCAUAGCCGAGGAGUUUGCACUGCGACAGCUGCAGCGUCGCCUGAGUCCCAUCACGGGCAAGGGGCGCCUGAGCACGGAGCGCUACUACACCCACGAGGAGAUCAUCAACUACAUCGACGAUCUGGCCGAGCGCUACCCGCGUCGAGUGUUUGUCAGGACUGUGGGCUGGUCCUAUGAGAAACGUGUGCUGAAGACCAUCACCAUCAGCAAUGGGGAUGGACGCGCCGGCAAGAAGGUGAUCUUCAUGGACGGUGGCUUCCAUGCCCGCGAGUGGAUAUCCCCGGCGGCGGUGCUGUACGUGAUUGAUCAGCUGGUGGAGCAGUUUGAGCAGAAUGCUGAUCUCCUGCAGGACUACGAUUGGGUUAUUCUGCCGCUGGUCAAUGCCGAUGGCUACGAGCACUCGCAGAGUGGCACGCUGGCCCGCAUGUGGCGCAAGACCCGCCAGCCGUACACAUACGCCGGACAGACCUGCUACGGUGCCGAUCCCAAUCGCAACUUUGGCUUCCACUGGAACGAGGAGGGCGCCUCCUCCAAUCCCUGUGCUGAUACCUACGCCGGUCCUACGCCCUUCUCUGAGCCGGAGACGAUUGUGGUGCGCGAUCUGAUGCACACGCUGGCGGAUCGCGGCGUCAUGUACCUGACCAUCCAUUCCUAUGGCAACUAUAUCCUGUACCCCUGGGGCUGGACCAGCGAUCUGCCCGACACCUGGGAGGAUCUGGAUGCAGUUGCUCGCACUGGCGCCGAGGCCAUUGAGAAUGCCACGGGCACCGUCUACACCUACGGCUCCUCCACCAAUGUGCUGUACAUUGCAGCGGGCGCUAGCGACGAUUACGGUUUCUAUGUUGGCUUCAAUGUGUCCAUCACCAUGGAGCUGACGGGCGCUGGCAGCAUCGGCUUCAAUCCCCCCGUCACCCGCAUCGACGAGUUCGUCACCGAAACGUGGAUCGGCAUUCGUGCUAUGGCCGAAAAGCUCAUUGAGAUUUACUAGAAGUAAGCUUCGGUGUGCAAAUAAAACUUAAUUACAAAAACAAAA